GACUGCCAAAGUUUCAUUAGACGUGCAACCUGAUGCCAUCCCUGGUGUCACAGAGACUUGAUGCGAGACCAGAAUCCAGAAAAAAACAACGUUGGAUUAGUCAUUCAUCAGUAAAGCUCAUAUAUGCACCUACCCUAUCUGACUCUGUUGAAAAAAUUUGGUCUGGAAAUCCAAUUAUUAUACGCAUAAAAUGGUUCACCACUGCCUUGAAUCGCUCAUUAAUGAGAUGGGGCAUGAGUUGUUCAAAAUUCUGGUCACUCUGGUACAAUGCAGGAAUGGUCUCAACAAUUCUACUGUUUCCAAUAUCGAUAGUAGUCAUUUUAAAAGUGAUACUUAACAUUUGGCUGUACAAUUCAGCAUCGCCAAAUGAAAAGAAAGAACAAGUAUUGGAACUUAUGGAUUUGACAUUCCUUACAAUGAGAUGGGAUACUACGUGCUCUCAUUAAUAUUAUGCAGUGCUGUGCAUGAGAUGGGACGUGCUAUGGCAGCAGUUAGAGAAGAUGUACGCUGAUUUUUCUUGACAAAUGCUGGUGUCUUCAUCAAAGAGAGCAUUUAGAAGGGUUUGACAUUCAGGCUCUCAAAGCUGCCAUGCACUUUUGCCUUCCUACUCGAGCAAUUGUACAAAGCUUCCAUAAUUUGUGUCAAAACAAUGACUUGUAUGUUAAGACCUGUGUUGGACAACAAAGAUUGUACAAAUUUUCCAGAGGCCUUCAUUUUACUCUGCAAGUGAGACUCCCUUAAGAAGCAAGAUACAGCAUCAGAGUACACGCUCAAUGAUUACUUUGGCCAUAACAACCACAUUUACAUUGAUCCUUGGGUUUAAUUUGAUAAAUAUGUACCUGCAUAAAAUGUAGACUAUGUGACUUAUUAUACAGUUAUUGUGAUUUAUAAGCUAGGGCAACUAUAUAAAAAUGUACAGAUAUUUACUGCUGAUGAAUUUAUAAAUAUAAAAACAGGAAAAUAAAUAUAAGAGGAUAUACAUACACAUAACAAAUAUUGUGACUCUUAAUUACACUUUAUU